ACUCAUCAGCAAGGCCAUAUAAUAGAGUCUAUCUGUGAUGCUAUGAUUAAUAUCAGCCAGAUGUAUCCGAAGGCUGGAAUCCAAGAAGUGAUCAGUCUUCUCUGUCAUGAAAAGAGCAUGAGUGUCUCAAGGACUGUAGUCUCUUCGUACUUCACCAUCUUCGAGCCUGAACUUGUACGUGAACGCAAGGCUAGGUGUCUCAAGAGGAGGCACUUCUGGGCUGCCAGUGUCAACAACUUAUUCACUGUCAACCAACACAACAAAUGGUUAAGGUUUGGUCUUAGUCUUCACACUGGGAUUGAACUGUUUUCUGGAUGUAUUAUGUGGAUCUGUGUGUGGCAUUCUAAUAGAAACCCGCAGCUGAUAUUAUCAUACUACCUUGAUACCGUCAAAGAACUUGGUUACAUGCCACUUAUUACUCAGAGUGAUUUAGGUACCAAAAAUUUCGGUAUUGCAAACACUCAAACUCUUCUCCACCAAAACUACAAUCCUGACCUCCAAGGAACACUCCAGCACCACUGGAUGUGUUCCAAAAAAAAUGACAUGCCAGAAAUUAUGUGGUCUCAGCUACGA